AUGUUAUGGAUAUCGCUAUUAUGGACAUUGUUAUUGCUGGCCAUAGCAUUCUGUCAUGAUUCAGCUAUGUCUCCCCCAGCUGCUAAUAUUGCCACUAUUGUUGCUGUCACUGUUGCUGCCACUUCUAGUAUUGAACCAACCCCAACCCCAUCUACCAUAGUUGAUAUACUAUCUUCACAACCACAAUAUUCGUACUUCUUGCGACAUCUUCAAAGACAAGGAAUGAUACCAAAAUUGAAUUCUUUAGUUAAUAUUACUUUAUUAGCACCAAUAAAUCUGGCAUUUAUUGAUAAUCAAAUUGAAUGUAAUUUAAAUCAAAAUCAAUUAUUAAGAUAUAUUGUUAAUCAGAAAUUUAGAAUUGGUCAUUUAGAUAAACAUCAAGUAAUAUUUGAUACAUUAUAUGAAUUAAAUGGGAAACCUUAUCCUAUAAGUAUCACCCCUGAUUUUGAAACUUAUGAAUAUGUUGUUGAUGAUAUAGCUCAUAUUGUUGAUGGCGAUGUAUAUGCUAAACAUCAACAUUCAUUCAUACAAGGUAUUGAUAAAAUGUUACCUAUGAAACCUAGUCUAUGUCAAGUCUUGUUGAAUAAUGAUCAAGAUUCCGAUUUUUCGUUUAUUAAAAAGUUAUUUAAACUGUUGUUUGAAGAUGACGAUGAUGAUGACGAUGAUGAUGAUUCAGGUAUGUUCGAGAUUAUUAGACAUAACAACGCUGGUAAUAUAUUAAAAGGAGGCAAAAAGAAAAAGAAGAACAAGAAGAAGAAUCAUAGUCCUACUAAAGAACCACCUUUACCCAAAUCAUGUGAAGAAUAUCUUUCGGGAUUCCAAACUAUAUUUGUACCUACUGAUUCAUUUGUCGAAAACAGUUUAACUGAAUUACAAAUGAAGUAUUACUCAUCAAGCUAUUUUGAUGAUAAUACUCCAAACUAUUUCACUACUGAAGAAGCCGAGAAAGAGAUUAAACAAGACAUUGUCAAAUUAUUGGAUAAUUUAUUAAUUAAAGAUUUAAUCGCAGGAGUAAAUGGUACCAAUUCAACUCGUGAUACAAAAGCAGGAAAUAAAUUGAAAAUCAAUUUAGAUAAUUCAAGUCAUAUCAUUGUCAACAAAAAAAUCAAAAGCACUUCAUCUCAAGUAUUAUCCAAUGGAGUCAUUCAUACUUUUGGAUUUCAAAUUGGGUCAUUCUUUGAAGAUUUACAUAUUACUCCAGUGGAAAUAAUCCCUCGGAAAGCCCUUUAUGCUAUGCAUUUUAGUAAUUUUGUUAAAGAAUUAGAUUUCAGAUCACUUGAUAAUUUAGUUGAUGGAUCGCUGGAAAAGCAGACUUUGUUUAUCGAUAUCGCACUGAGAGACGAUAUUGACGACGAGGAGGAUGACGCUGACGACAAGGUUAAUUUCUUGGCCACACUUAAAUUUAGUUCAAAACAAGAAUUAUUAUAUCAAUUUGCCAAUGAACCCAUCCCGGCCCCAUCAAAGGAUCAUAUGCAUAGAUUAUAUACUUCUAAAUUAUGUUCCAAAAAGAAACUAGGUGGAUGUUUUAAAUUGAAAUUUUCAAGUUCAACAACAAAAGGAAUUCAAAAAGUUACAAUUAAUGAUGACACCGAAAUCAUCCAUGGUCCAAUCAACAUCGGAAAUGAUACCAUACUUUAUAUAGCCAAUGGAGAAGUCUCUCCUCCAUCGAAUUUCAAACAUGCUUUGGGUGAUUUAAUCUCAAGUGGAUCGAUUCAUCGUCAUAGAGAUACGAUUCAAAUUGAUGAACAAGGAUGUCUUAAGACAUUGGCAUAUCUUGGUCAAUUUAAUUUGAUGACUUUGGAAGAUAAUGGAGAAGGAUAUACAGUGUUCUUACCUUGUGGUUAUAAGAGAUUCAAUUCUCAACUGAAGGCUACUGCGCCAGGAAUAUGGGGGGAACUUGGAUUGGUAUUGGAUUAUUUGGAAGCAAAUCCGAAAUUAUUUCAACUGGUUUUAAGAGCAAAUUUCCUUGAAGAUGAUAUUUAUUCCGAUUUUGGAUUGUAUGAAAAGCAACAUCGAAGAACACUUAAGAAUUUGAAUGGAAAUAAUGUUGUUGUUGAAGGAGGUAUGGGACUGAAUAUUAAUGAUACUGUUAAUAUAUUAAAGUAUAAUAAGAGUGAAAUCCCAAUUCCAUUAAAUUCAGAUGUAUUAUUUAGUCAAGGAGUUAUUCAUGUCAUAAACGAACUAUUACUUCCUGAUCAAUUUUCAAUUCCAUUAGAAGGAUUGAUUCAAGCAACUAUGGAUUCAAAUUUCCCCAAUCAUUCAUUUGAUGAAUUAUUGAAAAUUUUCCCCAAAAUCAGACAUUCUUUAGGACUUGAUGGAUCUGGUAAAAAACUGACAUAUUCAUUAUUAAUACCAACCCCGGAAUCAAUAAAAGAUUUUAAUAUAACUACUUCAUUCAAAGAUCUUUUAAAUUUUAUAGAAUUCCAUAUGAUUCCAAAUGAAGAACUUUCCAAAGUUUUGAAUUGUAUAAAUGGACAGGGAAACCAGAAUCAUCACAACAACGAUACAAAUGACACUAUUAUUAAAACCAAUUUGACACAAGCUGGUUUAACCUGUAAUCAUAUACCUGAAAGUCGAAAGACAUUCUUGCAAUUUCAUAAAAUUGAAAAUUCAUCCCCCGCAUCAUUAAAAUCAUAUAAUAAAGAUCAACAAGUAAGACUUAUAUCACAUGGAUGUACAUCCAUGUAUAAAGGCGAUAACAAUACCGAAAACCUUUCAUGUGUUUUCUUGAUUGAGAAACCAUUGAAUUUGGAAUGGGUAAAUGGUCCAAAUAAAGGUGGUGAUGAUUUCCUUCAUAUUCAUAUCGGAUUUAUAAGUGUCGGGGUUGGAAUUAUACUUGGAUUGAUUCUAUUUGGUGGGGUAAUGUUAAGUUUUAUAUUCUGUUUAGGUGGUGGACUUGGAAGAAGAAAGAAUAAGAAUGAUACAAAUCAGAUAUUAUUCCCGAGACCAGAUUCUGGAUUCAUGAGCGUUUUGACUGAUGAUGAUAAUGAGUUCUAUCCUUAUGACGGAGGUUAUGAAACUGACGUUGAUGGGUUGAGAGUAGAAAGUGAACCAUUGUUGCCAACAUUUGUCAAGAAGAAGAAGAAAAUAAGGCGAAAGGAUUAUGGAUCUACCAAUACAAUGCCACUGAAUUUGAGAACCAAUUCUAGUAAUAUUAUACCUAGAAGUAUUAAUAUUAAUAAGAAUUCAAGCAAUAGAGAUCGAAAUAUUCCUCCUGGUUAUUCUCAAUUCUAA